CUCGGGACUUCCCCGGACGUGCCGGUGCGCUCCGCCGCCCCGGGCACCGACGGGCACCGGAGCAGGCCAUGCCGCCGCCGCCGCUGCUCCCGAUGCUGCCGCUGCUGCUGCUCCUGCUCCUGCCGCGCCUGCCCCGCGCGGACCCGCUCUCCUACCCCGCGGUGAUUUCCCCGCAGGACCCCACGCUGCUGAUCGGCUCCUCGCUGGUGGCCACGUGCACGGUCAGCCCGGACUUUCCGCUGAAAGCCGAGGACCUGUACUGGACGCUGAACGGGCGGCGCCUCCCGGCCGCCUCCUACGCCGCCCUGGGCCCCUCCACGCUCAGCGUGGCCCUCGCCCGCCUCAACGGCUCCAGGCAGCAGUCGGGGGACAACCUGGUGUGUCACAGCAGAGACGGUGGCAUCCUGGCCGGCUCCUGCCUUUAUGUUGGAUUACCCCCAGAAAAACCAGUCAACAUCACUUGCUGGUCCAAGAACAUGAAGGACCUGACCUGCAAGUGGGCGCCGGGGACAGAAGGGGAGACCUUCCUGCACACCAACUACACCCUCAAGUACAAGCGCAGGUGGUACGGCCAGGACAACACCUGCCAGGAAUACCACACGGCCGGAACGUACUCCUGCCACAUCCCCAAGGACCUGGCCCUCUUCACGCCCUACGAGAUCUGGGUGGAGGCGUCCAACCGCCUGGGGGUGGCCGUGUCCGACGUGGUCAUGCUGGACAUCCUGGACGUGGUCACCACGGACCCGCCGUCCGACGUGCACGUCAGCAGGGUGGGCGACCUGGAGGACCAGCUGAGCGUGCGCUGGAGCUCCCCGCCGGCCCUCAAGGAUUUCCUCUUCCAAGCCAAGUACCAGAUCCAAUACCGGGUGGAGGACAGCUCCGAGUGGAAGGUGGUGGAUGAUGUGGGCAACCAGACCUCCUGCCGCCUGGCCGGCCUGCGCCCCGGCACCGUCUACUUCGUCCAGGUGCGCUGUAACCCCUUCAGCAUCUACGGCUCCAAGAAAGCCGGGAUCUGGAGCGACUGGAGCAACCCCACGGCCGCCUCCACCCCACGCAGCGAGCGAGUGGCGGGGGGCUGCGACCCCAAAGGGGGGGAGCAGAACACGACGCUGCGGCGGGAGCUGAAGCAGUUUUUCGGGUGGGUGAAGAAACACGCCUACGGCUGCUCCAACCUCGGCAUCAAACUCUACGACCAGUGGCGCGUGUGGCUGCAGAAAUCGCACAAAACACGCAACCAGGUUCUUCCCGGCGAUAAGCUGUAGCCCGCGGGGGACCGAGCGCCGGCAGGAUGGGACGGGGUGCCCGGCGCCCACCCGGGACCGCCAGCGCCCGCCCCGGCCCCGCCGCGGGGCGCCGG